UUCUUGUGUACGCAUGUCACCUGAAGUGUCAAACAUAAUGGUGGCUGAUAUUUUUGUUAAUUUUAGAUGUUAAUUUCGUGAUUUCUUCCGUAAUUAGUGAGUGUUAGUAGCUAAUAAUAUUGUUAUAAUUAAAUACAUGUUGGCUUUUCCCUGUACCUGUGGAUUAUUAUGAAUUAAACAACAUUAUGAGACGAGGUCAUUCUGGCAUCGGAGGUUGGCGAAAUGAAAAUCCAAGGCAUUUUAGACCCAGGGGGAGCGGUUUCAGACCCUCUAGAGGCUAUGGCCUUAUGGAUACACCCAGGUUCCCGCCACUGGGGCCACGACUUCCCAGAGGGCCGCCUCCUUUCGCCAAUCAACUUAAUGCGCCAGACUUGCGUUCCUCUGACCAUCAUGACAGAAGAAGGGAUAAUCGGCCCGGCAAUCAGUACAGAUUACAAGAUAGGACCCAUCAUCCAAACCAAAGAUCAGUGUUUCCUUUAGUUGAUCGUUUAAGGCAAUCAAGUGAUCAUGUUAACCCAUACCAAGAUCAAAACUAUUAUGAGAAUACUCAACGAGAUCCACACAUCAAUAGCAUGGGUGAUAUUGACGACCGACCCGCAAGCCAGCCCUCAAACCUUGAAUCUUUUAGAGGACGACCAGCCUGGUCACACACUCCUGACAUCCGUAGAUACUUCAUCGAUAACAGGAGUCAGAAUCAGUAUCAUAAAUCAAAUAAACAAUAUGACAAAUUGGACAGUAAUAAACUACCAAUUCUUGAAUAUGAUGGGCAUAGACCACCUUCUUCAGAUCAUUAUGGUGGAAAUUCCAGUUCAUCAAUUGACACCUCAAACAGCUUCAGCCGAUCCAUAGACGAUACUGUUGAUAUUGUGAGAAGGCGGUUACAAAAUCGUAGUGAAUCACAAUCUUCUAGGGACCAAGUUAUUGACCACAAGGAUGAAGAUCUACGAUUACCCUCUACCUCACAAAGCUACCAAAAUCCAUCAGAGCCACAGCCUGUCAAAAAAAGAAUGCAGAGGCAAAGACACAGGAAUGUUGACUCUAACUGUGACAAAAUGAAAACUAAAAUUGUUCAUGAACUAUUUAAAAUGGACAAAGGCAGAAUUCAUAAAUUGAUGGACAACCCCAGCUCGUCAACUAAGUUUGAAUAUGCCAUAAGCAGUUUGAUAACCGAAUCACAAAAUAGCUUGAAUAAGCAUAUGAGAUCUGUUGCAGAGAAAUCAUUGAGCACCAGUGAAGAUUUCAUCCGUAACGAUAAGAACACAAUUUACGAGGAUACCUUUAUGAAGCAAAUGCAAUAUAUUUUGGACCCUCAAGAUACUGUCUUGUUGGAGGAUAUUAAGCCACUUGUUAUGGAAGAGCUUAGUAAAGUAUUGCAACUAAAUGAGUACGAUCAACCGUUCCAAGUGGCAGAUGAACAUCAGCAGCCACAUUUCCCACCAGUGCAAGAGCAGCAAAUUUAUGAAGACUAUAACCCCAAUCAAAAUUAUGACUACAACCCUAAUCAAAGCUAUCACUACCAAGAUUAUGAAAAUACCUAUUACGAUCAAGUCAACUCUCCAGCUGCUUUUGAAGAUUUUAAUACAUCAAACAGUAAUGUCCAGACACCAUUGCAAUUUUCUCCAGAGCCAGAAGAAAAACCACAACUUUUGUUUGAAAGAAGGUCCAAGAAAAAAAGUGCUGAUAACAGUCUUGAAAGAAGUUAUAGUUCAGAAGAGAGAUCACUGUCAAGAACACACUCAAAAGAUCAUAUUCAACAGGAUGUUAGAGAUUCUAAGGAGAAUUUGCCUACAUUUGCUGAAGAAAGGAGGCCGUCAAGGCGAAGUAGGGAUAGUAGGCACAGUGAGGACAAAAGUAAAGACACGGAACCACAAGUGCCUCUCUUUGAUACAAAUGCAGAACAAUUUUCAGAAGAAGACGAUCCAUUUGCGGAACUUGACAAACAGUACCAUGUUGCAGUUGAUCAUACUUUCAUGGACACUUAUGAAUUAUCAAGCCCACAGCAAACACCAUCUCGCAACACUCCUAAAAACAACUCAACUGACAACAAUUAUUUGACUGACAAAUCCCAAACUCCAACCAAACCUACUGUUAGCAUAAAACAAGAAAUCGACAAUCAGUUGCUUGACAUGGCGAAGUCGCCUAUAAAACUGACAUUUGUUAACAAGAAUGGUUCAGAAGCUGCACAUAAAUCUAGAAAGAGCUCUGUGACAGUUAAAAGAGAACCGUCACCUACUCGAGAAACUUUUGUAAGUAGUGAACCGAAAAUACCGCCGCUUAAACACGGGGGUAAUGCAGAAUCUACAAAAGAAAGUAAAAAAGAGACCGAAAAAUCAGAAAAUACUGAAGUAUCAUCUAAAUCAUCAGUAUCAACUAGUUCGCGCAAAAGAUCAAUAGAUCAAAGACCUUCUCACCGAAAAGAAAAACGCAAGAAAAGCGAAACAUCUCAAUCUGACACUGACCAACAAACAGUAAAUAAGAGUAGUUUAUUUAAUGUUUAUGAUAGUGUAAGUAAAGACAAAAAGCAAUAUUCAGAAACAGCUAAGGUAGUUUCUAAUUUUAAUAUUUCAAAGAAUGACAGUAGCAAAGAAGUCCCCAAAAAAGUUGAUCCUGAGGAUAAGAGUUAUUCUGACAAAUAUGUCAGACGGAAAGAACCACAAAGGAAAAAAGAUGGCGAAGAAAAGAAGAGGCAGCGUUCAAUUUCCUCUAGUCAUUCCAUUGUGAGCCCAAAAGACAGUGCCCAUAGUACACAUGCAAAUAAAUCAGAGUCUAAAAAGAAACUUCAAAGUAUAGACAUGUUCGUUGAACAGCCGCGAAAGCCAGCGUCUGUGCAUCAAGCACAUAGAAACACUGCUUUGUCCCCAAAUACUCCACUCAAGAGCAUAGACUUAAGUAAAUCCAAGCAAACUCCCAAAAAUUACUCCAGCCGAAAGUUUACCCCACAAACUGUGGGGAUACAUGCAAGUGAGAGAGUGCAGUCUGGGCAUAAGAAGUUCCAAGUAAAAGAAACUCAAACCAAUGAAAGCAAGAGUUCUACUUCACGGUUUUGCCAAACUGAAAAGAAAAAGACCCAUGCAAAAGCUGUGCAGACUGAUCAUGUCAAAAUAGAUAAACCAAGCAAAACCACAGAUGCCUUUGAAAGGAUGAAGGAGAUUGAUUUGGAAAUACAGGUUUUGUUGCAAGAAAAGUUUAAACUGUACAGUUCAUUAGAAUCAAAUGCUUCAUGUCCUAACACCAUGCAAGCUACUUUGGGAAUGACAGUAUUGAAUGUACCUAUAACUGAAGAACCAGUGAGUAAUGUAGAUAGCACAAGCACCUCAGAGGAGGAUGCUAUUGUUGAGGACUUCACCAGUAUACCAGUUGAAGAAUUAGAGCAAAUUGCAAUGGAGAGUGUUGAACAUACCAGUAAACAAUCAGAAAAACGGACAAGGCGAAACAAAGUGCUGGCUGAAAGUAGGCAAAGCUCUGCCAGUCCCACUGUCAAGAGGAGUAACCGCAAAGCGAAAACUCCUAACAUUUCCCUCUUAGAACAGAUUAUAACUGACGAUAGACCUAUAGAAGACAUAAUAUCCCUCGACGACUAUGAAAAGACACCAGUGAAGUCGAAAAAGAAAGGAGCGAAGCAGACAGCAAAGAAAAAAGAACCUAAGAGGAACAAACCAAUGUCAAAACAGGUGUUAACCAAUUUGUUAUUAUUCUAUGGUAUAAAAGAGUGUUAUGUUCUUUUAGAACGUAAUGACUUUAGCAUGUACCAAAACAAAACUGAUUAUGAUCAAGAGCUUAGUACUGUUAUCGAAGAGUCUGUAAAUGAAGAGAAAGAAUCUGAGAAAGCAGAAGUGGUGCCUGAGGUACAGGUUGAAGUUGACAGAAAAUCUGAUGUUCACAAAAAUGAGGAAGAUACCGCGGCUUCCGCGGUAGAAACUGUAGUAGUCGAAGAUACUGUUGUAGAAAACGACUUACAGAUAGAUAUGAUGGAUGUUUCGGAAGACAUAAUCAUUGGCGAUAUAUGCGAGGUCAAAUCCGGUGAAGAUAAAGAAGCCGAUAGAAUGGGGAUUGCAAUAAAUGAGGAUAUAAUACUCGACAACAGCCAGGCAACAGUGCCUACGGUGUACGACAGUCCGUUGGAGAGUGUAUGCAGGAUGUAUGACUACUCUACGGACGAAAACCUCCGGCGAGACUCGAUUACCGUCACUGGCCGUGACGCAGUACUCGCUAUAGAACCGAUAGACAACAACUUCAUCGCAGCGUGCCUGGACGGCAACGUGUAUUACUAUAGCAACGACGGCCAGCUGCUGUCUACCCUCAAGGGGUCCAACCUGGCGGUGACGUGUCUGACCAUCGUCAGGGGGAAGUACGAAACCACGGUGUAUACCGGCUCGCUCGACUCCAGGAUACGGUAUUAUGAUUUGGAGACUGGUAUGGAGAAAGGGCCAGAGUGCAAUGUGCUCAGUCCUAUACAGACCAUGGACCGAGCUUGGGACACCAUAUUUGUGGGGACAAGGACAGGGUUUGUCUUGCAGUUUGAAUGUAAGAACAACAUGUUAAUCCCAGUGAGCACCGUCAAAUUCUCCGACCAGUCGAUCCUGGCUCUUCGGGCAAUGAAGGAGGGACCGCGCAAGGUUCUGCUCGUGGCCGCUCGCUUUGAGGACGUGACAGUAAAGGACGCGCAGACCGGUCUAUUGUUGAGGACGCUGGAGGGGCCCAAGAUGACCGUGUACACGCUGCUGUAUGAAGAAGGCAAGGUGUAUUGCGGGACCAGCAGCCAUCAGAUACACGUUUUUGAUUAUACUAGCGGCUCGCACACGGGCAUCCACGAGGGCGGCAAGGGCACCGUGUGCAUCCGCGUCACCGGCGGCCUGCUGUUCGCCGGCUGCUACGACGGCUGCGUCUACAUCUACCGCGACGGCGAGCCGCGCCCGCUGGCCCAGCUGCGCGGGCCCGGCCUCAUGCUGCUGUCGCUGGCCGUGCUGGGCAGCAAGAUUAUCGCGGGAUAUAAAGAUAGGAGUUUGUUCAUAUGGAAGAUUCCACUUAGCAUACUACAAGAAAUGAUUUUAUAAACUAUCUGGGUGUCUUAGAUGAAAUCUCACCUAUUGUUUUGUUACUGUAACUAUUCACCUAUUUUCUAGUAUGUACCUAUCUUGUAAAUAAAGCAGAUGUUUAACAUAUU